AGCGGAUCUCGGCAAACCCUUUUUCUCGACCACCCACCUACCAUUCUUGGAACCAUGGCGGCAGUGGCGGCGGCCUCGGCUGAACUGCUCAUCAUCGGCUGGUACAUCUUCCGCGUGCUGCUGCAGGUGUUCCUGGAAUGCUGCAUUUACUGGGUAGGAUUCGCUUUUCGAAAUCCUCCAGGGACACAGCCCAUUGCGAGAAGUGAGGUGUUCAGGUACUCCCUGCAGAAGCUGGCAUACACGGUGUCGCGGACCGGGCGGCAGGUGUUGGGGGAGCGCAGGCAGCGAGCCCCCAACUGAGGCCCCAGCUCCCAGCCCUGGGCGGCCGUAUCAUCAGGUGCUCCUGUGCAUCUCGGCCAGCACGGGAGCCAGUGCCGCGCAGGAAUGUGGGGUCCCCUGUGUUCCCUCGCCAGAGGAGCACUUGGCAAGGUCAGUGAGGGGCCAGUAGACCCCCGGAGAAGCAGUACCGACAAUGACGAAGAUACCAGAUCCCUUCCCAACCCCUUUGCACCGGUCCCACUAAGGGGCAGGGUCGAGAGAGGAGGGGGGAUAGGGGGAGCAGACCCCUGAGAUCUGGGCAUAGGCACCGCAUUCUGAUCUGGACAAAGUCGGGACAGCACCAUCCCAGCCCCGAAGCCAGGGCCAUGCCAGCAGGCCCCACCAUGGAAAUCAAAACACCACACCAGCCAGCAGAAUGGACAUUCUGACAUCGCCAGCCAACGCCCUGAAUCUUGGUGCAGCACCAACCGCGUGCCUGUGUGGCGGGACUGGAGGGCACAGUUGAGGAAGGAGGGUGGUUAAGAAAUACAGUGGGGCCCUCUCGCUGUCCCUUGCCCAGGGCACUUGCAUUCCAGCCUUGCUGCAUUUGCUCUCUCGAUUCCCCUUUCCUCCUCACUGCCUCCCAAGCCCACCCUACUCCAAAAUAAUGUGUCACUUGAUUUGGAACUAUUCAAGCAGUAAAAGUAAAUGAAUCCCACCUUUACUAAAACACUUUCUCUGAACCCCCCUUGCCCCUCACUGAUCUUGCUUUUCCCUGGUCUCAUGCAGUUGUGGUCAAUAUUGUGGUAAUCGCUAAUUGUACUGAUUGUUUAAGUGUGCAUUAGUUGUGUCUCCCCAGCUAGAUUGUAAGCUCCUGGAGGACAGGGACCACCUCUACAAAAAAUAAAAAAAGCACCUCCCCUGUCUCGCACAGUGUCCCAGGACCCUGCGGUGCAGUGGAGGCGCACCAAAACUU